UUAUGAUACUAGAUUUAUCCCCGGUAUAAAAUGGCCGUCUACAUCUGAGUGGUAAAAUCAGUGAAUAUGGUUUGGAGUACCCGAAUUCCGGCGCCCGUGAGGCCAGCCCGCCGAAACACCUGCGGAUAAAGGGUAGUUUAGUGUCAGGAGUAGUGCGCGGCCUUGUUUCCCGGACUGUCGGAACAAGCCGAAUGGCAGACGAUACUGACAGAGGAGAGAGCCCAAGCGGCGGCUCGUUAUCAGAGCUGGAUAACCACCAUGAAGGCCACGGUCACUUUUUCACGAAGAAAACAUUUCACAAACCGACAUAUUGCCACCACUGUACGGACAUAAUGUGGGGUCUGAUCGGGCAGGGAUACGUGUGUGAAGUGUGUAACUUUGUUGUACAUGACCGCUGUUUACGAACUGUGGUGUCUGCGUGUUCGAGUGUUGCAUCAAGUCUUAUAAAGAACCCGGUUGCCCACUGCUGGUCUGAGCCUGGGCACUUUAAACGAAAAUUUUGCAAUGUCUGUCGGAAACGACUGGAAGACAGCCCUGCAAUUCACUGUGAAAUUUGUGAGUAUUAUGCACAUCUGGACUGUCAAGACUUUGUGGUCAGCGACUGUAAAGAGUGCGCUACGUACCAGCCCCAGAGAGAGAAGGCGUCUGUCAUCCACUACCACCACUGGCGCGAGGGGAACCUGCCGCCCAACUCGAAGUGUGUCGCCUGUAAGAAAACCUGCUGGUCUUCAGAGUGCUUGGCCGGCAUGCGCUGCGAGUGGUGCGGAGUCACGGCCCACGCCCAGUGCUACCGGAGCCUGCCCGUGGAGUGCAAGUUUGGCAGUUUGCGUGACAUCAUGCUGCCCCCCAGCUGUCUGACCGUCCCCAGGAUGGACGUUCCCGUAGAAACCAUUCUUGGACUAAAUCUCACUAAAUCCGACACUGCCCAGCCCGACGGUUUUACGUUCGACAACUUUACCACUGUCCGCUACUCCUCCACCUCCGCAAACGCUCUCUCUCACGACUGGGGCUGCAGGAGCCUCCCCACUAGGCCAUCCCUAAACAAUAUGUUGACUUGCUGUAACCCAGCACGCCAUUUUAACGAUGGCUUUGUAGGUAGGCAUUUUCAUUUUAUCCAAAACGCCUUUUUAGUGGGUGCUGUAUCUUUCCACAGGGAAAUAUUUGUGUAUUUUCUAAAUAAGGACACCUUCUUAUACUGGCAUGCACGCACAGUGUCUGAGGAAUGGUCGUCUAGUGGAGACUCUAAGAAUGAUGACGAGGAGAAGGAGAGACGAUCGCCGAGAGACAAGGAGGGCAAAGACAAGGAUAAGGAUACCGACAUGGAGAUAAUUCGAGUGUUUGACGGAAAUGCAUCACUGCGAAGACGACUGUAUCGCACAAUAUCAGUUCCCAGAAAUGCUGCAGCUCAAACCAUUCUGGAGGCAGCUCUGAAAACAUUCCACAUAUCUGACGACCCCAAGAAUUACUAUGUGGCUGAGGCCUCUGAUGGUGGCGAACGUGAGCUGGAGGAAACAAGUCCGAUUCGAUCUCAGCUGAAGACGCCCGACGGGAAGAGGCCGUCCAUUUUUCUACGCUACAGAGAGAAGAAUCCCGAUAAGGGAUACAUGAAAAUCUACCCUGGAGGCUUGAGAUACAGUAUCUUCCAUCAGGCGACCCCGAGCGGCUAUAAAAACAUAUCCGUGCACCGUGAUAUGACAGCUGAAGAAGUGAUCAAAAAGGCGUCUAGGAAGUUUGGAUUGGAGGAGAAGUAUACCGAUAACUUUGACCUGGUCGAGGUGUUGUUGGACCGAGGAGUCACAGAACGAACUCUAGCACAUGACGAAAAGCCUUGGGAACUUAUACAACAAAGUAGAAAAGAAUCGUUGCGGCAGAACCGAAUGACGCGGUUUUACCUGCAGCAGAAGGAAGACCCACACGGACCUAGCAUUUCUCUUUAUCUUGGCAACUUGCCAACCGGCUUGUCACAACGGCAAUACGAGAAGAUUUUGUUAGAAAUUAUUGGAAAAGAUUUAAAAUGGACUCAUUUUGAUGUGAUCUACUACGAAUACGGUUCCCUCGUCUUGGUUUACACGUCGCCCGAUAAAGCUACCCAAGUUUUUAAUAUUUUGAAGGAUGCAGUUUUUGAUGAUAAACAACUGUUAGUCAUGUUACUACCAAAUAUACAGCCCCACAUGAUACCAGAAAACAAGAACCCGCUACUUGUGUUCGUCAACGUGAAAAGUGGCGGCUGUCAGGGACUAGAACUGAUUACUUCCUUCCGCAAACUUCUCAACCCACAUCAAGUCUUCAAUUUAGAAAAUGGAGGACCACUACCUGGGUUGUACGUGUUCCGGAACAUCCCGUACUACAAGAUCCUGGUGUGCGGAGGGGACGGGACCGUAGGGUGGGUGCUGUCCUGUCUGGACAACGUGGGGCAGGAUGGGGUGUGCUCGUCCCCACCAAUGGCCAUCGUACCACUGGGCACAGGAAAUGACCUUGCCCGUGUGUUGAGGUGGGGUCCAGGCUAUACCGGGGGAGAGGACCCCCUUAACCUAUUACGAGAUGUCAUUGAUGCAGAAGAAAUUAAGUUAGAUAGGUGGACGGUGAUAUUCCACCCGAACGAGAAGGAGACGGACGAGGCGAAGAUUGCGAUCGCCAACAACACCAACACAGCCAACACGAGCGAGGACACCACGUCCAUCUUCGUGAUGAACAACUACUUCGGCAUCGGCAUCGACGCAGACCUCUGCCUCGACUUCCACAUGGCCAGAGAGGAGAAACCCGACAAGUUUAAUAGCAGAUUGCACAACAAGGGUGUGUAUAUAAAGAUGGGCCUGAGGAAGAUGGUGAACCGCAAGUCGUGUAAAGAUCUUCACCGACACAUAAAGAUCGAGGUAGAUGGGAAACCUCUCGACUUGCCGCAGGUCGAAGGAAUCAUCAUCCUCAACAUUCUGAGUUGGGGUUCUGGGGCCAAUCCGUGGGGGCCAGAGAAGGAGGACAAUUUUUCCAAGCCAACACACUAUGACGGGAUGCUGGAGAUCGUGGGCGUCACGGGGGUGGUGCACAUGGGACAGAUCCACAGCGGGCUGCGGCAGGCCAUGCGGAUAGCACAGGGAGGGCAUCUACGAAUCACUCUGUUAACGGACAUUGCGGUUCAGGUGGAUGGAGAACCGUGGAUACAACCAGCCGGCCAGGUUGUCGUGCUAAGAUCAGCUCUCAAGGCUACUAUGCUAAAGAAGAGCAAAAACAAGAUCAAGAGAAGAAACACAGAACCAAGUAUCUUUUUCCCUGAAUGUGAACCUCUUAAAGCACAAUCUCCCAGUGACGAGAGCGGGCCUCUUUAACACAUAUUAACCAGCAUUGUGGCUGUCGUACGGCUUUGUAUAUACUGACAUGCCAAAAGUAGUCGCAGUACUUCUGUGUGCUGCCACUCGGCAUACUCAAAUUGUGGAAUGCGAUUUAACGUGGAGUGGGCUGAUAUAUAAAUAUAUAUACUCAAAUUGUGGAAUGCGAUUUAACAUGGAGUGGGCUGAUAUAUAAAUAUAUAUACUCAAAUUGUGGAAUGCGAUUUAACGUGGAGUGGGCUGAUAUAUAAAUAUAUAUAUACAAUGUGUACCUCGAUUAGAAGGCUCUGUCAAGAUUCUGCCAUCUACAGUUUAGUCGUACCACUCAGGUUAUGCAGGUUUCAGUUACUCAUUGUUUUCAGUUCCAUUUUAAGUCAGUUCAGUUCAGUUUUCUGUUUGUUCAUAUUUUCA